AUCGGGGACUGACGGAGAGGAGGAACGAUUUUCUUCUUCCUCCUUUCCCAAGCAAAGAAGCUCCCACUGUUUCAACACCCAGCGAACGUUUCUUGAGCUUAGUGACUUAGCAUCGAGUAGCCAUGGAAGGCCAAGAGGGGACUCAGCAGCCUCACCUCGUGCUGGCGCACAAGCUCUUCCUUCUCCGGCACCCCGACGUUCAAGACAUCGAGAAGGUCCGCCUUAAGGAGGAGGUCCUCGCCUCCAUCAAAGCCGAUGACAUGAUUUCGCUCUACGAAACCCUAGUCGAGGAGUCAGUUUUGGAGAGGGAUCAGGGGAUUUUGGACUCAAUGCGUGCAAAUAUCGAUCAGGAGCUCAAGAAGCUCGACGAGAAGAUAACAGAUGCUGAAGAAAACUUAGGUGAAAGUGAAGUUAGAGAAGCUCAUUUGGCUAAGUCCUUGUUUUUCAUCCAAAUUGGUGACAAGGAGAAAGCACUGGAGCAACUCAAGGUGACUGAAACUAAAACAGUCGCUGUUGGGCAAAAGAUGGACCUAGUUUUCUAUACAUUGCAGCUUGGGUUUUUCUACAUGGAUUUUGAUCUUAUUUCCAAGAGCAUUGACAAAGCAAAGAACUUGUUCGAAGAAGGAGGUGACUGGGAAAGGAAAAACCGUUUGAAGGUUUAUGAAGGCCUUUAUUGCAUGUCCACCCGAAACUUUAGGAGGGCGGCCGAUUUGUUCCUCGAUUCCAUUUCAACCUUCACAACCUAUGAACUUUUCCCGUACGACACAUUCAUAUUCUACACAGUCCUUACAAGUAUAAUAUCAUUGGACAGAGUUUCCCUGAAGCAGAAGGUUGUGGAUGCUCCUGAGAUCUUGACCGUGAUUGGAAAAGUCCCAUAUCUGUCUGGGUUUUUGAACUCUCUCUAUGAUUGUCAAUAUAAGUCAUUUUUCUUAGCUUUUGCUGGUUUGACUGAGCAAAUAAAGUUGGACCGUUACUUGCAUCCUCACUUCCGGUAUUACAUGAGGGAGGUCAGAAUUGUGGUCUACUCCCAGUUCCUCGAAUCGUACAAGAGUGUGACCAUCCAAGCGAUGUCAAAGGCUUUUGGAGUAACUGUCGACUUCAUUGAUCUGGAGCUGUCACGAUUCAUUGCUGGUGGGAAGCUUCAUUGCAAGAUUGAUAAGGUUGCAGGUGUUCUCGAGACUAACCGACCUGAUGCUAAGAAUGCGCUUUAUCAGGCUACCAUUAAGCAAGGGGACUUCCUACUGAACCGGAUCCAGAAGCUGUCUCGUGUCAUUGAUCUGUGAAGUAGACGGAUACUUUUCAGGGUUGGGAUCUGUUUCUUAAUACGCGGAUCUUGUAAGCCGAGGGUACCAUUUCAUUCAAGCUAGUGAACAUGAUCAAACAUUUUGGCUUUCAGCUUCUACUUAAAGUUCCUGUAGUCUUUGGAUAGGUUGUCGAUCUUUGUUAUGAUGCUUGCCUUUUCGUCUUUUGGAUCGAGAGGAUAUCCCCCUCAGUUUCCAGGCAAUUGAUUUUACGCAAACUGCAGGCAUUAUUGGAUUCAAUGUUUCAGAUCUUUAUAUUUUAGCCC